UCUCACUGAACGCGGUCUCAUCAAUCUGCAGAUACUUUCUGCCACUAUCCCAAUCAGGGCUUGCCAGGUCACGAGUUGUUUUACCUGCGCCAUGCCAUAUCGGGCCUAGCGUAUCUCUCUCCCUUCUCUCAGCCGCAUCGCUCCUCUCUUUUAUCAGCGUCAAAACAUCGCAGACCAAGGCUAACAGCCAUAGAGUUGGGAUUGAUUAUUUAUGCUUAUAUUUUUUAUUUUUUUUAUUUUGUAAUUCCUGGACACUUCAUUUCCAUCUGCUCUCCUCACCCACCUUGUCACAGUAUGGUGCCCGCGUUCCUCAACCCUUCUCAUAUGAACUCUGCUAUCUAUAGGUAGCUUUUCUACGUAGUCGUGUUUACACUGGAUAAAUAUAGGCUUAUAUAGAGCGCAUUCAGCAUGGCCUCCAGCUUUCGAAGGCUGGCAUCAGACCAUGCCUCUCUCCAUAGAGGCGGCCUACCACCCCACUACCUCUUCCCGCCUUCGAGCACUUCUUCAUCAUUUUCAGACGACCUCACUCAGCUCACCGUCCUGCUUACGGGGCCGCAGGGGACUCCCUACUCUCAGGGUCUUUGGCAAUUACAUCUGCGCAUCCCUGAGGAUUAUCCCAAGAACCCUCCCAAAGUGGCAUUUAAGACGCGCAUAUGGCAUCCAAAUGUCGAUGAGUCAACCGGCGCGGUCUGUGUAGAUACUCUAAAGAGAGAUUGGGAGGCGAAGCUGACGUUGAGGGAUGUUUUGAUUACGAUAUCCUGUCUCCUGAUACACCCCAAUCCGGAUUCCGCAUUGAAUUCUGCAGCUGGCAGCCUCCUCAGAGACGAUUAUGAAGCUUUCGCGCGUCAGGCAAAGCUGAUGACCUCCAUCCAUGCGCCAAUACCCAAGGACAUUAAAGAUGCUGUCAUGGAGGCUAAGAGGAGGGGAGAUGAAAGUGGCAUAGUUAUUACGGAAGACGAAGAUCGCCUAGCAGCAGCAAUCGGUUCACGCAAAACGGCCAGCACCUCGUCCGUGUCGACCGUGAUCAUGAAGAAGCCUGUUACACAGCGGAAACAAAGCAGCCUGCGGACAGAAAAGCUAGAUAUCAGGGUUAAACAGACUUGUCAGCAUGGUUUACUGUCGUCAUUGCAGUCGUCAUCGUCGCCCUUCAUGCAAGAUCAACAACAACAACCUCACGAAGAUGAAUCAGAUAACGAAGAUACCGGGAGCCCGUCCAAGGAAAAUGACCCUUCGCUAUCACUUUCACUGGUAGCCAUAAGCCCUUGUAGUUCGCGGAAAGGUGUCCUGGGGAAACGUCCACUUGCCGUCCUCGCGAGCCCGAGUGAACCUGAGUUUGUUCUGGUAAAUUCCGGCGCCGCCGCCGAUGAUGAUGAUGAUGAUGAUAUGAACAACGCCCAUUCCCGUUCAAAUUCCAACGACGACGGCUUGACCCCUUCAGAGCGGAAUAUCGCGGCAAACGCCCUUGCGAGGGAACAACAAGAACAGCAGCAGCAGCAGAUUCGGACACAGCAGCUGGAACUGCCACCCCGGAAGUCUCUCAAACUCUCAGUACUGAGUAGAGGUGUCAACGCUUCCGGUCGGAUACGGGAGGAUUACCGGGACCCAGUUUCGACCCUUGCGCAUAACAACAACAGCAACAAAGAAUCUCGUGGCAACGGCGGCAAGCAGGUUGACAGGGCCGGUUCUAGUCAAAGCUCAAUACUUAGCCUGUCACCACCAUCACCAACACCAACACCGCAACCACUCCUACAACCGCCGAACGAGAAACCCAGCGACGACGGCAAGGAGAAUGAAGCAUCUACGGCAUCCACUAUUAUCAUUCCUACCGCUGCUAGUACAACAACAACAACUACUACUACUCCUACUACUACUACUACUACUACUACCACCGCAAAUAACAAAUCACAGCAGCAAAAUCAGAAGCAAAAGUUCCCCCCACCGCCACCGCCAUUUCCAUCGUCGAUAUCCGUACCCAAAUCGUCGAAUACGAAUGGCAACAACAAAAGCAAUAAUAAUAUUAAUAAUAUUAAUAAUAAUAUAACGGCACGGAGGGUUUCCUCCGCGCCCGCCAAAGCGAAGCCGCGGGUCGGGUUGAGGCGGUUGUAAAGGAGUUGUCAACAGCUUGUAGGCUGCAAUUAAUAUUGUACGUGUACAUGUACACAUUCCAGCUCUGCCCAGACAUGCAACAUAUAUAUGCAAAGGGACCCCUCCCACUCCUACCACCUCUAUCACCACCAGCAAGCAUCACGAGGCACGCGCCGACUCAUUGUAUUCAUUGUAUUUGGCUUUAUUCUCGUUUCUGUCGGAUUCUUUGGUUUUUUU